AUGCUUAUUAAAUUUUCAAUUUUCGUCUUGUGCUCGGUAGUUGUGCUUGAGGGGUUGGAGUCAGCAGGUAAGACAAAAUUAGCUUUAGUUUAUGAUACAUUAAUUGCAGAACUCCACCAAAGGGCGGGAGAUAUAAAUGAAUUCAGAAAAAAAGCUUUGGAACGUCACAACUACCACAGAAGACGCCAUGGUUGUCCAGAAUUGGUACUAAAUGACGCGAUUUCGGCUCACGCGCAGGAUUGGGCCUACAAAAUAUCGCUGGGAGAAGGCCUCCCGCAUCGUCCAAACAAUACUUACGGAGAAAACUUGUAUUCCGCGUGGUCGAGCUGGACGGAAUACGACAUAACCGGGGACGUUGCUGUUGACAGUUGGUACUCUGAAAUUGACAAAUACGUAUACGGCGAAGCUACACCACACAAUUUCAACGACGUUGGUCAUUUCACACAACUCAUUUGGAAAAACUCAAAGCAACUCGGAAUUGGUAAGAUAGCUAAGAAUGGAAAAGUAUGGGUCGUGGCCAAUUAUGGUCCCCCGGGAAAUUAUGAAGGAGCAUAUGUGGAAAAUGUUCCACGUCUCUUGUAG